AGUCCGAAUGAUUUCGCUGGUUGUACUUGGAUAGAGCGAUUCAUUCUGUUAUGACGAGGGGACACCAGUGUAGACUAGUCUACGCAACGGCAAAACACUCGAUAGAUAGAAAGAAAGACAAGCGGAUUAUAUUCCUCGUUUUGAAACCCAGAGGGUGGAUAAUCGUGGAUUACUUGGUGAACGCAAGUGGACAUCUGGUGGAACUAGAGCGAUGUCUGUCGCGGGGCUGAAAAAGCAGUUCCACAAAGCCACACAGAAAGUCAGUGAGAAGGUUGGAGGAGCAGAAGGAACCAAACUUGAUGAUGACUUCCUUCAGAUGGAAAAGAAGGUGGACACCACUGGUAGAGCAGUGCUGGACAUCAUGACCAAAACUACAGAAUACCUACAGCCCAACCCAGCGUCCAGGGCCAAGCUGAGUCUAAUAGGGACCAUGUCUAAGAUCAGAGGACAGGAGAAGGGGAUGGGUUACCCCCAGGCUGAGACUCUACUGGGUGAGGCCAUGCAGCGCUUUGGACGGGAGCUGGGAGAACAGUCAUGCUUUGGUCUGGCUCUCCUAGAUGCUGGGGAGAGCAUGGGUGAGCUGGGGGAAGUGAAGGAUGCCCUGGAUAUGGAGGUCAAACAGAACUUUAUUGAUCCACUACAGAACCUACAGGAAAAAGACAUUAAAGAGAUACAGCACCACCUGAAGAAGAUGCAGGGACGCCGCCUGGACUUUGACUAUAAGAAGAAACGCCACGGUAAAGGAGUCCUGGAGGAGGAGAUCAGACAGUCGCUGGAGAAGUUUGAUGAGUCCAAAGAAGUGGCAGAGCAGAGCAUGUUCAACCUGCUAGAGAGUGAUAUUGAGCAGGUGAGUCAACUAGCAGCGUUGGUCCAGGCCCAGGUGGAGUAUCACAGACAAGCUACAGAAAUACUACAGCAGCUCUCCAGCAAGGUGCACGAGAGGAUUCGGAAGGCACAGGAUAAACCCAGGAAGGAGUAUGUUCCUAAACCCCGGAUGGUCCUGGAGCUGCUUCCCUCCAGCGACAGCCACAAUGAGGGGCUCAACACCGCCCCAGGCCCCGCCCGCUCCCCAGGCCCCGCCCGCUCCCUAGGCCCCGCCCACUCCCCAGGCCCCCAACGCACUCCUGGGCGCUCCCCUGUUCCAAUGGACCAGCCGUGCUGCCGGGCGCUGUAUGACUUUGACCCGGAGAACGAGGGUGAGAUGGGCUUCAAGGAGGGCGACGUAAUCACCCUAACCAAUCAGAUCGACGAUAACUGGUACGAGGGCAUGAUCAACGGCCAAUCAGGUUUCUUCCCCAUCAACUACGUAGAUAUCCUGGUUCCACUUCCUCAUUAGGCCGUACCCCCGACCCCACCCACCUAACCUUCUUCUCUUCACUUAUGUGACACUUUUCACAACUUUGAGGAACAAAAGACUGCAGUUGUACAGGAUUCUGCUGACAGACGAAGAAGAGGAGGAGAAUAAUAAAAGAGAGAUGAAGAAUCGUCUGCUUCAUCCCCCUCAGGGGGGGAUCAGUGUGCUUGCAGUGGUGAAUGUCUGUAUUACGGAGGGGAUGAUUUUAAAGAUGGAGUCCUGUGUAGAGCAGUGGAGGCUGCUGAGGGGAGGACGGCUCAUAAUAAUGGCUGGAACGGAAUCAAUGGAAUGGAAUAAAACACAUAAACCCUCCUGUAGGUUUUAACUCCAACCCUGUUCCUGGAGAGACA